AUGGCUUCAGCUUACAAGGAAACCGCCCCUGCUACAUCGCUCUUUACCGGCGCCGACGGGAACCUCCCGUACAUGCAUCUCCCCGAAGCCACCCUGACUUUCAGCAGACCACUGGGGAGCAGCGAGCUCGGCUGGCUACACACGGUCACAGACGAUGCAGUCGUGCAGGCCUGCGCCGCGCUCCGCCUUCGCCACCCCCUCCUCGUGUCCAAGGUCGCGUUCCACACCACAGCGCCACCGUCGGUCGUAUACGCCUCCCCGCUCACUCGGGCGCACGCCCUGCGCGAGGCGACAGCUCAGAUCGAGUUCCAUACAUUUCACGACCAGGACGCCACCACAGAGGCUCUUCGUGACCGGUGGCUGUCCCCGACACCCGAGGACGCUCUCGACAUGCGCAACGGAACGUGUUCCCUCUACUGGGCCCGCGACGUUGAUCCGCGCUCCGGGAAGUACAUCCUCGGCUUCAUGAUGCCGCACUUCAUCACUGACGGACGGCGGCGGUUGAACCUCGUCCGCUGCAUGUUGGACUUGCUCCCAGGCAGGGCGCAGCGGGAGCUCGCGGCACAUUUUGCCGGAGAAGUGCCGGUCGUGGAGAUCCCACCUGCGCUGGAUAGCCUCUUGCCCGACAUGGGUAACACCGAGCCGGCUGAACUCGCUAAAGCGAAGACAGCGUUUGACGAGCUUGUCCAGUAUCGGAGCAAGCCCACGUCCGGUCUUGUUCCUGACGGUGUCAUCUCAGAGGACAACCUACACCCUCGAGUCGUGCGCCAGACGUGGUCCGCGGAAGAGACCAAAUACAUCUUGAAGGCCUGCAAAGCCCAUAGCGUCACGAUCACGCACCUCGCGAACGUCGCCAGCGCCUUCGCCUGCCUGCAGCGCCCGGGCGCAGCUCAAGUCAACGGUUUCUCCAGCGGCGAGGACGCGUACUACUUCGAGUUAUGUCAAGCAUUGGACAUCAAUGCCAAGCUUCCCCAGGUGUCGCGCAACGGGGAGACAGAGACGGCCGUUCGCAUCGUCACCUACCCCGUCCUGCUGUCCGUGCCGUGUACUGCAGCUGUCGAGUCCGCGGGCACGAUCGCAAUAUGGGAUGCUGCGCGGCAGUUCAAGGAGAGACAUGACGCAUAUGUGAACUCGCCUUACUUUUGGCAUUUUACUCGCUUCUACAGGGCUAUCGCCGUCGAGAAUUACAUGACACAGAGGGCUGGCAAGACCUUCAUGCCCUACAUGAGCAGCAUGGGUGACCUCAAGGGCAUCCUGCCAACUCGUUACUCUGUUGAGGCAUCCCACGCAGGUGUGAACGAAGCCGGGAGCCACAGCGCCGAGAUCCGGGUCCUGGACUCGAUCGCGGCGGAGAAAGUCGAUCCGCAGGUGGCGAGCUUCCUGCUGUACACGUUCGACGACAGAUUGAACCUGCAGUUCAAGUGGAAUGCGGGGCGGACGAGCGACAAUCUCAUUAACGGCUGGUUUGGCCGUGUUGUGGAGAUCAUUUUGCAGGCAGCUGGUGACGAGGGUCCGAUGUAGUUCCAUGCCGAUGUAAUUCCUUGUAAACUCGUGUCUGUCUAUGACGUUCGGUUCC